ACCGUCCGGAGCCUGUAACGCUCAUCAACCCAACUACAGAACCACAGCGCUGAAUUUUACCCGAGAGCAGGAUCAGGAUCAAAUUCAGAUUCAGGCUCAGGAUUAGGGACAGGACGUGAUUUGUUCCUGUUUUUGAAACACACAUGAGGACAGCUGCCAUUACCCGCAUUCUUACAGCACAGCGCCUGUCCACAGCCUUCAGAAUCGACCAGACCGUUGCUACAAAGACACCAGAGAACUUUUGGCAAUCGUGCUUUCAGCGAGCGUACACACGCUUUGCAGCAGCCAUCCAAGAGCAAAAGACCCACUCACUCAAAGCACGAUGUUCUUCCUUGCUAUCACUGUCACUGUGCACUGAUCAUUUGUCAUGCCCUACAUGGCAUCGCCUCAAGAAGAUCCAGCGUUACGAUCGCCAUCUUACCAGCGCUGCGGCCACCAUCCCUAAUUCCGGUCUCACACAGCCAACGCUCAACGAGCCCGCAUUGGCGCAUACAACAUCAACUAAGGGAUCUUUGACCGGGAUAGGUACAUCUAAAAAGCCUUUCACCAGGCAUGAACGAUCGCAUCGAUCAAUUAGGGGCUUGAUGUAUAAAUUGUCCCAGGCAUUGAGGUGUGAAGACCUUGAUGCGGCUCUAAGGUUUUAUCUUUUGAUUCGCAAAGAGAUAUUUUCUCGUCGUCUCGGUCAGCCGCUGUUCCGAUGUCAAUGCAGACUUGUAGAGUUAAUUCAUAGCAGUCGACUAGAAAUGCUUGAAUCCGGGAAUAACCAAUCUCAUACCCGCCUGUCUGCGCGGUAUGAUCGACAGCGCCAUAUGGUAUUGAAAGACAUCUCAAUGGGGAUGCUAAAAACCGGUGAUCGGGCUAAUGCCAUGGCAUCGCUAGUAGAUGCCCUUGGGAAGAGCAAAGCCAUGGUUAAGCAUUCAUACAAGGCAAAAUCCAGCACUAAACUGCAAGAUUGGAGAGAAGCACUGAGGGCUUUGGAGGACUGGGCUAGGAAGAAUCCGACUGCCCAUGGAGUAGCUGCUGCAUCCGAGGUCACUGACUCGCCAAUAUUUACAACAGUAUCACCGUCUCCACCACCAUUAGUCUCAAGCUUCUAUCUGGGAAAUAAAGCCCUGGAACAAGACCUGUCCGCUUGGCUAUCGAAAAUAAUGAAGCGGCUAGUCUAUAGCCAUACCUACCUCAUCCGAUCAAUGCUUGACACCAUCCCAAGGCAAUUUGGCAUUCAAGCAACUGUGGAAAUGCAUGUGGCGUUGUUGGAUUAUUAUUCUACGCUUGGACAAGAUGGCUAUAUUGACACUCUAGCAAUCAUCGAUAGGAUGAAUCAAAAAGGCAUUAAGUGGAAACAAGAGCCAGUUAUAUACGAAUACUUAUUGUAUUCGCUUAGCCAUAACCCAAAUAAUAUUGAUUCGGAUAUUGACCUGAUUAUUGAACAGAUGCUUGCCAAUAACUUAGUCCCCAGAGAGAAGACCAUGAAGGCGCUUAUGUUAUCUGCAGCUCACUCGGGCGAUCUUGAAAGAUGUUUGCGGCAUAUUCAACAAAUGCACCAAGAAUGGGGCCUUGCAGUCAGUGAACGCAUGAAGGCUAUCCUGCUCUAUGGCUGCGCCAAACGCGGGGAUUUCGAGGGUGCGAUCGAGCUUCUUGAGCAGCUCAAUAACUCAGGAAAGCUGGAUCAUGCUUUAUUAGAAAAAAGCUUGAUAGAGCCAGGAGACGAUGGAAAGCCAUGCCCGUCAAGCCCCAAUCCACCAAAGCCUUCGUCUUUGAAGCACUCGUAUCCGUCUACUUUUUUAACAACCAAAGUGGAAACACUCUUGGAAGAACAAAAUGUUAUCAAUAGCUCCAACCUUUUAUUGGCACUUAUUAAUCAAUCGCGUGCACAACGUGGGAACAAAAAGCGGCUUUCGCAGGCGUCUAUCAAAGAAGAGGCUUCAAGGGUUCUGGAGCUGUUUACACUUAUCACAAAGAACCCCCAACGGGCUGACACACGACUUUAUACGAUCAUGAUGCAUUACCUGUCGACACUUCCCUCGCCUAUUCCGGGAAUGAUGUAUCUAUACAAGGAGAUGCUCAUGUCGAAAAAUACGAAACCAAACCAUGUCACUUAUCACAUCAUGCUUGAAGCCUGUGCAGAGCAGAUGGAUAUAGAUUGCGCAAAACAACUUUGGAAUGAUAUGAGUGCAUCCAAUAUUAUCAAAGAUUGCAAUAUACGUGCUAGUUAUAUAAAAUGUAUGGGACAAACAGGCGAUCUCGCAUCUGCAGAGUGGUUCACACGGGAGGGCUUAUUAAAGCAACAGGAGCUCGACAAGGUCCGCUUACGACAUCAGACAGCAUUUAUUCUCAGUAAACGGGAAGAACCUAAGCAGGGUUUGCCGCUGUUACUAGAACCACCCCUUUUACCAAGGCGAGAGCAUUUCCAGGAGGCGAUCAGCUUGUCGACACUGCACGAGCUGAUGAAGGCUCAUCGGGCGCACAGUAGACCUGAACGAGUCUAUGAGCUUUAUUGCGAAAUUGAGCGCGGGGAAUGGGGCUACAAAAUCCGGCCAAAUGAAUUGACUCUAUCAAUCCUACUUGGUGCGUGCGCAUCAGAUGCUGCUACGGCAGAUCUUGUGGACCGUGGAAUUGCAAUCGUGGAGGACUUCCGCGGGUCCCGGAGGAGACAACACCUCCUACAGCCGGAGCGUUUGGAUGGCAAAGAUGGCGACAAUGGAGACAAGGCCAGCCAGUUAGUAAACGGGACUGUAACCCUGGAUGAUGAUUCUGAAUACCCAAGUCUUUAUGAAGCCCUUGGCAUGCAAGCGGGUUCUAAAUCAGGCUUAAUACCUGUAUUGUCAGACUUCAGUUACCAGCUGUACUAUACCAUGCUUGGACGGCACCAUCGACAACGCAAGAUCGUGGAGGUGUGGGACGACAUGAUGCAGUCGAUUGAGCGGCCACCAUCUCGUUUGACUGUGAACAUUGUCAUCGAGGCCUUGGAACAGGUUCAGUGGGGCGCUGCACCUAUCAAACGUAUCCGGAGACAGCUGAGGGAGCAUUGGUCCAAAACAGGCUGUGCUAGACAAGAUGAGAGUAGUAGUUUUGACUUUGAUGAGCCAAAUGGGGAUGAAUCCGUGGGAGCUGGAGGGCGGUUUUGGAGGUAAAAAAAUGUCUGAAAGAAGAAGCCAUCGUAGUGUCUACAAAUAUAAUAAAAUAAUAGUACAGAGGG